UAUGUAUUUGACAGAAGUUUAAAACAUAGAUGUUCCUUUCAUUUCAUAUCAAUAAAAAUAGAAAAUGCCGAAAAGUCAAUAAAAUAUACUUAUUGUCGAUUAGUGUUUUCCAGAGCUAAAUAGUUGGAUACUUAUCUAAUGGUAUUACAAAAGUAUUUCGAACAUUUGAGGGACUGUAUUAUUGAUUACGGUGGAAUUGAAAAAUAGUACGACAAACUAAAGAUUUCAUUAGAAGGUUAUAAUUUCUCAAGAAAAGAAUUCUGAUCCAAGAUAAUGUCUUGGGGUCAGUGGCCUGGGCCUCCUGCCCAGCAACCUCAGGUGACUGCACCACCUGCAUCUCUGAUAAAUCCUGCCCCCAGCGUGAUUCCACCAGGUAUGCCAUACAAUUCUGAUCAGUGGUCGCAGAUGCAACAGCAAAACUGGCAACAGUGGGCCCAAUGGCAACAACAGUACCAACAGUGGCAUCAACAGUAUGGAGCCGAGUAUCAGAAGUCUAUCAACGCAAUGGCAGCUCAACAGACAGUCGCUCCCAACAUGGGUCUACCACCUCCACUUCCAGUCGAGCCACAACCUCCACUGCCAAAAGAGGAGAGUCCGAAACCUGCGCCGCCUUUACCAGUGCCCGUCCCUCCGCCUCAACAACCUAUGGUACUUCAAUAUUCAACACCGCCACUCGUACCCAAUCAGUUUACGGCGCCGCCACCCUCUUUUACCCCCAUUGGAGCUCAGCAAUCCUGGAAGAGCAACACUAACAUGGACCAAAAGCGUCCUUUAGUUGGAGCAGAAGGAAAUGCGCCUAAAAGACAAAUGACUAACCGACAACAAGGAUGGCAAAAUAGAAGUGCGGUGCCACCCCCACCUAAUCAGAAUGAGGAGUUAUCCGAAGCAGAAAAAAAGUUUGACAAACAGUUCGCCGAAUGGGAGACACAAUUCAACAAGUGGAAAGAACAAAAUAGUGGCCAUCCCGACAAACAGCAAUACAAGGAGUAUGAGAAAAAAUGGGAGCAAUGGAGACAGCAGCUCUUAGAUAGACGUGAAGCUAUGCGUAGAAAACGUCUCGGACUACCUCCAGCCAAGCCCGCACAAACUCAGAAUUUCAGUGUUCCACCGCCGUCACAGGCUCCAAGCGCUCAGCCACCUUCUCAACCUCAAAGCGGUACCGAGUCGAAGGAUGUUUCCUUAGUGACUGCAAACGUGUUCAACAAACCGCCACCUGAUAUGAAUAAUGAACCGUUGCAGUUCAAGAACAAUAACAAAGAACCGGAAAUUUCCGGAGGCGGCCUAGGAUUUCUGAACACAGAAAAAACCGAUGGUAUACCCGGUUUGGACCUCGUUGAAAAGGAAGACGUCGAUAAUGUCGCUCCCGAAGAACAUAAUCCAGUUAAUCGCGGACCUGACCUAGAGGCCAUUUCCAAAGGCAUCAAUAACAUACUCGGAGAUCAGAAGCUGAUGAACAUGUUGUCAAUGGUUUCUCAGAAUCAAGGUACCACCGUCAACAGUUUUUCCAAUACAGGAGGUGAUGCAUCUUCUGGCCACGAUCAGUCGAAUAUGAGCAUCGAAGACAGUCGAAACGAUGUUCCGGAACCGAUCCAGAACUUCGAUGAUCAAACUAGAAGUAGUUUCACGCUUCAACCCAAUGAUACGGAGUAUUACAGAAACAACUCUCAAUUUGGUAGGCAAGGAAAACCUCCCAACUAUUAUGAUAACGAAUCACCUUAUAAUAGACCACCUCCUAAUUUCUCAAUGCCUAGUGACGAUGACCUGAAGCGACCUCCUCCAGUAAAAUUGGAUAAUGAUUCAUUUGCUUUAAACAAACCUGGAGUUUAUGACAGGAUGCCCCCUGCGAUUAAGGAUAGCUUUGGCCAAAGAAGUACUACAUUCUUCCCUAAUCCCGAGACAAAGAGUAAUUUUACAGCAGGAACAGUAAGAGAACCUUUAGGAUAUGGAACCGUCAAUAAAGGAAGAGAUAGUUUCGGUCUGAGAAACGAAAGAGAAGGAUUCCUUGAAAGAGACGAUGUAGCGCGAGAAAGUUUUGGAAUGAGAGGAAGACCUGAGUUUGAACAAGAGAAUAUUGACGGAAGGGGUUUUAGAAGUAGACUUCCAUUAGAUAGGGACUUCCAAGGUAGAAAUAGCCAACAUAUCAACAAAGAAAGGAGAGAAUCGUUCGAUAACCUAAAUUAUUCUGGAUAUGAUAGAGACGGAAGACCUUCCCAGAACCAGAAAUACGGAGUAGGUUCUGUAAGUAAUAUGGAGGAAAUGAACAAAUAUAACUCGCCCAAUAUUAUGGGUGGAAGAGGUGAUUAUAAUGAGGCUGGCUUACACAAUUUUAACGGUAGGAGCAACAAUUUCAGCCACGUUGACAGAUCAUUCCGAAAAGGGGAAAAUUUCAUGACAGAUCCCAACGACAAGUUCGAAGAGUACGCGAACAAAAAAUUAGCUCGCAACCAAAGUUCCGAGCCUGCGAUGUUUGGAAGCGGGAUCAAUCGAUCAGAGGGCGUUCGUUUCGGAAUGAAUAGAGAUCCCACCUAUGGACAGAGCACCUUCAUGGACGAAGGUGAUUAUCCUCCGCCUCCCAAGAUUCGUGGAUGCUUCGGUUCUCACGAAAACCCGAAUCUUAUGCACAAUGCACCAGAGAAGCCACAUUUCAACAGGGACCUUCUGGAAGAACGUUUCGAUGAUAUAGGUAGUAAUAAUUACGUAGAAGAAGCUGAUCUGGAUAUCUGGAAACCAUCAAUUUCUUUGGAUUAUGACCACAAAUCUUUGAAACCUCCUGAAAUUGACAUCCUUGUGCAACCGUUCCGUAUGUUCGACUACCGCCACAAACCCUUAAGACGUAUACCUUUCUCGGACAGACCAAAUUGGCUAUCAGACUCAGUAAAGAUGAUACCCGAGUUCGAUCCUCCUAUAAUACGCCAACCGAUCAUAGAACGAAGGAUGUAUGAUGAACGUUACGAGUCCAACAUUGUUCGUCGAGAAGACAGAAACAAAUUCAGGACCGAUGACAGGUACAAGUACGAGUAUGAGAGGAAAGGCCAUGACACAAGAUUUUCUCCACCACCAGCCAAAUAUGAAGAAAACGAUUGGUCUAGUCGAAGAUGUAGAUCCAGAUCUCCUCCACGUUUCGAAGAGUCGUCUUUCGGCUUGGACAGGGAGAGGUACUCCUGGGAUACAAGCGGUAGAUCUAGAGAGAAGAUUAGGAAGGAAGAAAAACGAAGAUGGGAGGACGAUGAUACAUUCAGAAGAGAUAGAAGUUUUGAUAGAGAAAGAAGAGAUGACAGAAAAGAUCGUAGGGAUGAAAAGGAUCGUGGAGAUGACAAUUGGAUGAAGCGGGAUAUGGAUUGGAACGAUAAACGAAAGUUAAGGAACCGUGAAAUGGACUUGGACAAAUUAGAAGAUGAUAACAGAAAUUCCCGUUUUAAGAUGGAUAAUAGAAAUGAGGACCCGUUCAUUUUCAACAGAAGAGAGGUAGACUCUGUAUUUCCAUUCUCUAAACCUAUUGAUGAAAAUAAGUCUAUCAACGUAACACAAAUCGAUGAACUCUUAAAUGCUCCUGGAAGAUUCAAUAGACCACAAAGGAUAGUCAUAAUUUUAAGAGGACCUCCUGGUAGUGGAAAAACUUAUUUAGCAAAAAUGAUAAAAGAUAAAGAGGUUGAAAAUGGUGGAUCAACCCCCAGGAUAUUAUCAUUAGAUGAUUAUUUUAUGGUAGAACAGGAAAAAGAGGUUAUAGAAGAUGGUAAAAGGAUCAAAUUGAAAGAAAUGGUUUAUGAGUUCGAAGCUGAAAUGGAAGAAUCUUACAGAAAUUCUCUGAUGAAAUCUUUCAAGAAGACCAUAACUGAUGGUUAUUUCCCAUUUAUAAUUGUUGAUGAUGUUAAUGAUAAGAUUAAAUAUUUUGGAGAAAUGUGGAGUUUCGCAAAGCAGAAUGGUUUCCAGGUUUACAUCUGUCAGCUGGAUCUGGAUAUCCAAAACUGUAACCGAAGGAACAUACAUAAUCGUAAAGAGGAAGAAAUUCGUCUGUGCAUUGAAGGAUGGGAGAACACGCCCUCUCAUCAUCAUAUCCUAGAUGCAACUCUACUAUUACAGGGAGAGUCUAUCCCUGAGGUAGAAAUGGAAGAAAUAAGUUCUCCUAUAAGCGGUGCUGACGAAAAUGAUGGGUCAGAGGACCGACAAGAUCGAAGCAAAUGGGACAAUUUCGACUGUUCUAUAAAUAAUCUUGCGCGACUUGAUGGCGUCAGCAAACCCCCCCGCACCUCAAGAACUAUGGAAGAAUUUCUACAGCUCAACGAUGAGUGGGAAAUCAACCGACCAACAAAGCAAGGACAGAAAAGGGUCAGAUGGGCGGAUUUGGAAGAACGAAAACAACAGGAGAAGAUGAGAGCCAUUGGAUUUGUUGUAGGACAUACAGACUGGGACAGAAUGAUGGAUCCUAUGAUGGGACAAGGCGCUCUUACUCAGACAAAGUAUAUAGAGAAAGUACAACGGAAGAGAUUUUAAUUAUUCUAGUUUUACUAGUUUCCUUCGAACUAGAACUGUUAAAAUAUCGGAAUUUAAUAUUCUUUUUUGUACAUAUAUUAAGAUUCAUGUUUGGAAAAUAAUAGUUGAGUGUUCCAUGAAAUUGUUUCCAUACCUUUUUUGAUUGUAUGAUGGUAAUUAAAUAUUGAAAUGAA